AUGCAGGACGCCUGGACUGCUCGCAAAGCUGAGGAGAUCGAAGGCUACGCGGACCGUAGCGAAUGGAAGAACUUCUUCUCUGCGAUCAAAGCUGUCUACGGUCCGCCGACGAAGGGCACUGCUCCUCUCCUCAGCGCCGACGGCAGCACUCUCCUGACUGAGAAGACGCAAAUCCUGCAGCGAUGGGCCGAGCACUUCCGAGGCGUCUUCAACCGCCCUUCCGUCAUCUCCGACGCCGCCAUCGCCCGCUUGCCGCAAAUGGCGACCAACGCGGACCUCGACCUCCCACCAUCUCUCCAGGAAACGAUCAGGGCCGUGCAGCAGCUCUCCAGCGGAAAAGCACCCGGAUCGGACGCAAUCCCUGCUGAGGUCUACAAGCACGGAGGUCCCCUACUGAUGGAUCACCUGACUGCGCUCUUCCAGGAGAUGUGGCGUCAAGGUGAAGUCCCGCAAGAUUUCAAGGACGCAACUAUCGUGCACCUAUACAAGCGCAAAGGGAAUCGCCAAGUCUGCGACAACCACCGCGGCAUCUCCCUGCUGAACAUCGCCGGGAAGAUCUUCGCUCGCAUCCUGCUCAACCGCCUCAAUAGCCAUCUGGAACAGGGCCUUCUGCCGGAAAGCCAAUGCGGCUUCCGUCGUCAUCGUGGGACCACGGAUAUGAUCUUCGCCGCCCGCCAACUUCAGGAGAAGUGCCAUGAGAUGCGGACCCACCUCUACUCUACCUUCGUGGACCUGACGAAAGCCUUCGACACGGUGAAUCGUGAAGGACUGUGGAAGAUCCUGCAGAAAUUCGGCUGUCCGUAG